UGUGAGCUGGUCUGUUAGCUGGGUUUAAGUGCAGCAUUGCAGUUGUCAUGUUUUUGCCAUUGUCAUGUACAGUUUAUGUGCAUUUAUUGUCUAUUUUAUUAGAAAGACCUGCCUUAUAUUCAUUAGCUACUUAUAUGUCCACGGUAUAUGUCUGUUAUCAUAGCGAAUUUAUCAGCCGUCCCCUACCACAUUCACUAUUAGUUUCUGACCAUAUGACCACUGCUGUCCAGAUUUUAUUAGGGUGGUGGACCGUUCUCAAUGCAGCAGUGACACAGACACAGUAAUGGCAGAGUAGUCUGUAGGUGUGUUGCUGGGGUUUUUACAAUGCUAAGUCAAGAAUCAUCCUACAUUAAAAAGAAAUCCAGCCAAGAGCAGUUUCUGUGGUCAGAAACUGAUAAAAGGCUAGCCUUGCAAACUGUAACUAUAACUCUACAUGUACACCAGCAAAGUGGACCAAUAAAGUAAGUAUUUCUAAUAAAGUAGUUGGUGAGUGUAUGUUAACUGCAUGGUUUUAUGUACUGGACCACUGUAGUCUGGAGUUGUUGAAUUUAUUGGAUUAGGCAUCAGAGAAACACCAAAAUCAGUGCACUUCUCUGCUCUCUUCACCUGUUCUGACCUAUUAACAGUAUUAUGAGAGUCAACCAUUGGAAGAGGAUUGUCUCAUUUCCAAAAAGCAGUCAGUAUCGUUUCUCACAUUUUAGACUAGUGUAGAGAGGUCAGUAGCGUCCUUCCUUCCUGUCUCUUUCUGCUCCACUUUUCUAGCCCAUUGUUUCACCUCGCUACUAUGGCUGCUUACAUUAUCCUGUGCUGCAGCUAGCAAUUCUGUUGAAUAUUGUAGUGACCAACAAAAGCCUCUGUUGUUUUCAUUGUGUAGAGAGAUGUUUGCUGUAGGCUUUGUAUGAGGGGGGAAUGUUUGUAAGCAAAUCCCACUGGAUAUUUGGUAGUGGACUGUCUCGGAUGGGCAGACGAGGCACUCUAAUCUUUUCCUAAUCCCUUAUCAAAGAGACGGCUUAUUGUGGCGCAUUCUGCUCGGCCAGCAACCCCGCUCUACAUGCUAAUACAACUGUGGCGGGGGACAAAAUGGCUUCCGUGUUGGACCUGUACAUAGCAGCACCAAGAUGUGAGAGAAGCUAGACAUUUUCUCUGUUUGUUUUCCUGGCUUCAGUCUAUCAUUGCUGGCAUUGUGUGUCAUGUUGGCAAUCUUAUUUGUGUGAUGUGGCAUGUUUAUUUGCAACAGCUCAUGCUGUGUGCUUCUGUCAUCUUCUUGUCACUGUAGCACUGACAGUGUAGUGCUUUCAUCACACUUGCUUUUUCCCAGUGUUUGUACACAUAACGUCCAGCAGCCACUGAGUAUAUCUCAAGCACAGAGGUGGUGAUCAAUUGGUUGUGUUUUCUAUUUGCUGAACUGUGUUUUUCUUUUGUUCUGAUUGGUGGGCUGGCUGCCUGUGAGGAGUGCGUGACAGUCCAGAGAAGUUGUGAGACACAUGCGCCAGUCUACUGUAACUAUAGGCCAGUCAUACAGGGAUGCGCUCCUACAUUUACAAACACAGCUCUGUGAUUGGCUCACAGGCAGAGCACAGCGGCAUGAGGACAUACUUCUUCAGUGCAGACACGCAGGAGGACAUGAACAGCUGGGUGAGAGCCAUGAACCAAGCUGCGCUGAUGCAGAACCACACGAUGAAGAGAGUCUCUGAAGAGUCAGAUCACCUAGACAACCUGGACACAAGUGAGAAGCUCGAGAAGCAGGCAGUACCUCAGAUCAACCACAUCCAAAGCUACGUGUUUCUCCAAGCAGAAGCUUCUCAAAGUGACAGGACAGAGCUGCAGAAGCAGGAGGUGUUAGUGGGGGAGGAGGAGAGCCGGGCUGUCCUGCCCGAAAUGGAGCAGGUGAGGGGGAAGUCACCAGGCAUUAGGACGCUGGAGGUCGAACUGUCAGCUCCAGAAGUAGUGGUGACUUCUCAGGCCCCCUCCUGCGCCCCUUCCCGUGCUGCAUCAACCCUGCCAGCUUCUUUUCGGAGCGGGGUGACCCUGGAGCAAAACGGAGUGGUGGAAUAUCAGAGGGGCACCACGCCGCACUCCAACACACCCACACACACUCAGGGGAGGAAGAGCACUCUGGAGCAGGUGGAGAAUUGGGUCAAAGUGCAAAAAGGAGAGCACAGAGGAGCCAUCUCCAGUGAAGGUACGCUCUCACGCCAAAACCCUCCAGUGCAGUCCAGUUUUGGAGCAGCCGAAGCCCAGCAGUCCAUGUCCAAGACUCCAUAUCACAGCCCACCAAACUCACACCGGCAGCUUACCAGCGACUACAAAUAUGCCCAGGACCGCAUUAGUCACUUCCGGGCAGCCCAAGGCCAGCCUUUUCAGCCUACCACGCGGGAUGGCACCGUUUGGCAGCUGUAUGAGUGGCAGCAGAGGCAGCAGUAUCGCCACGCCAGCCCCACUGCCCCCAUUUAUGUUCCAGCUCCAGACUACUCCACCGCUGUCUCUUCCACCAGAGUGAACCCGGACGUUGCACGCUCUGUCUCUGUGCCCCCUACUCCUGCCGACAUCCCUCCUCCAGGCCCCCCGGGGCCCAGAGUGCUGUCCCCUCGGAGACCCCACACCCCUGCCGAGCGGGUGACGGUCAAGCCCCUGGAGGACAGGCCCAUGGUGGAGGUGCCACCGUCCAGUUCUCCCCGCCGAAUAUACUCUCAAAAGUCUGCCACAAUCGAAAGACGCUCCAUGCCUCCAUCAGGCUACAUCACUCACACUGUCAGUGCUCCUAGUCUUCAUGGAAAAACACCGGAGGAACUUACCCUCCUGCUUAUCCAGCUCCGGAGACACCAGGCUAUGAUGGCAGGGGUGCGCAGCCAAACUCUGGCCCAUCUGCGGCAGCUCUCCCGACCGAAGGCUGAUGAUACUUAUGUGCAGCUGAAGAAGGACUUGGAGUACCUGGAUCUGAAGAUGGCUGGGAAUGAAACACUGAAAGGACGGCCGCCCAAACCAGUCAAAGUGGCAGAGAGUGAUGUUGAUGUGAAACUGAGUCGUCUAUGUGAACAGGACAAAAUCCUGCAGGAGCUUGAGAUCAAACUGAGCACGCUAAAGGAGGAUAAGGACAAGCUAGAGUCAGUUCUGGAUGUGUCACACCAGCAGAUGGAGCAGUACCAAGACCAGCCAGCACACGCAGAGAAAAUCGCCUACCAGCAGCGGCUGCUUCAGGAGGACCUGGUCCACAUCCGCGCUGACAUCUCCAGAGUGGCCACGGAGAUGGAGAGAGCAUGGGAGGAAUAUGGUCGGCUAGAACAGUCAGUGCAGCUGCUGAGAGAGGCACUGCAAGCCCAGAUGAACCUCUGCACAGUACCUCAGGAGAAAACCCAGUUGAAAAGAGAACUUUGGAGGAUUGAGGAUGUAAUGGCCGGCCUCAGUUCCACCAAAGACACCUUUAAAAUCACCAUUGACUCGAUGCAGAAUCCAGAGAGGAAACUUGUGCCUUCAGUGACAGAGUUGCCUUCAAGGUCUGUGACCCCAGCAGAGAUACGCACCCCCCAGCAUAGUCUCACUUCCAGUCCUGUGCCACUGUCCGCUGAGAACUCAUGUACCCAGCUGUCACAGUCUGUGCCAAAGUGGGUGGAAGACGCUGCCCCACCAAGACCACCUCUGCCCCUCCACUACAGUGAGGACAUACCUCCUGCAGUUCCUCCCCUCCCGAAAGAGACUUCUAUCAUCAGGCACACGUCAGUGCGUGGUCUCAAGAGGCAGUCAGAUGAGAGGAAACGCGACAGAGAGAGUAGCUAUGUUAACGGAGACUGCAGGGUAGAGUUACGUUCUUACUUAAGUGAACCAGAGCUACCUGGAAGUAAAGACACGUCAGACCAGACAGAAGGAAGCUACCGGACACUCCCAAACAGAGGUCUGUCAGGCUCCUUAUUCCGACUCAACCAGUCCACUGUUUCCUCCUACAACGCUUUGAAAAGAGACCUACCGAUGAUGGAAAGACCAAAGAGUGCCUUGGAGCAGCUGUACUCCGAGGAGCCCCGUCAGCUACCCCAGCGAGGGAGGAUGAGUGUGGAGGAACAGCUGGAGAGGAUGAAAAGACACCAGAGGGCACUGGUGCGUGAGCGCAAGCGCAACCUGAAUCAGGCUGAGCGGCAGUCAUCCAGCUCGCGGGCCUCCUCUCGGACCGUCUGCUCCGACCUGGGACCAUUGAGGCGGGAGCAGGGCUUUGAUUUGCAGCUUUCGGAGAGGACAGUGCAAACAGCAGAGAGGCAAGGCCAGGAGGAUCACAGCCCACUAACCAGAGCCCAGAAAACAGAUGAAUGGCUCACAGUUCUAGCCAGACCUAUGAGAAUAGAUGACCUGGAGCCUGUUGACUUUGACCUGGACCUCAGCAGAGAACUUUCCAUUCCCCCAAAGAUAUCCAUACCAAAGCGCUUCCAGGAGACAGAGCCUGAAGAACCCUUAAGCCAGGAGGAGAAAGAGGAACGCAUUCGCAAUGUGCAAAAGAUAAAGAACCUACUUGCUAAAUCAAGUAUCCCACCUGCACUGCUUCCCAUAGGCUCAGAGCAGCUGGACUUCUCAGACCUAGACCAUGUCCUUCAGCAGCAGGAGCAGAUCAUGACUUUGCCUCCCACUCUCUUCACAGAAGCCAAAGCAGUAUAUGAAGAUAUGUGAAGAUUGUACAUAAUCAGCAGAAUGUGUACUGUUUUUCAGUGUGUAAUUCCUAAAGUUUGAACAAUUUUUGAUUCACAACAAAUAUUUACACAUAUUAAAUUGCCAAAGAUUGUAUCUAAUAUUGACAAAACUAAUUUUGUUUCGUAUUUAAUUGAUUCUAAUUUAAUAUUUAAUGAUGCACUUUAAAUUGCUGUGCCUGCAUAACUUUUUAUUAGCAAUUUUUAGAAGCUUUUAUUCUUGCUGUUAGGAUAAUUACUAGUUUGCUGCAUGUUGUAGAUGGAAAGACUUCAUGUAUUUUGAUAAAGCAGUUACUUACAGGGGGACAUAAUAAUGGAAGCACCUAGCAAAAUAUUACUCCAGCAAAAGAGCCCUUUGCCUGUCAUUACAAGCCUUUUUUUGUUUUUAUUAUUUUUUUUUGUGUAGAGACAUUGGACCUUUUCGUUUAAAUAAGAAACACCUCAAAUUAAUUAAAGGAUGAAGGAGGUGGAAAUGUCUUUUUUGUACUCUUCACAUUGAAUCUUCUCAUAAAAGUUCAGAGAUGUUUAGAUCUGGUGAUUACAGAGGCUGGCGUUCCUGUGUUCAUGAAACCCCUCUUGUACUUGUUUAUUGUGUAUCUGGCAGAAUUGUCAUCCUGGAAUAUGGGAGCAAUAUGAAAGAACAGUGUUUGCACCAUAGAGUGCACCUGGUCAUCUAAAAUGACCUUAAAUGUUGAAUGACCUUGCCUGUUAAAAAAAACAUACCAGUUGACUCCCACAUAACACACACCACAUUAUGGAGCCACCAUGUUCGGAAGAGGCGUGAUGGGUUAAAGGUUGGUGUUUAGUAACUGUCCUUUCAGGGCACUUCGAUAUGUGGAAUUGACCCUUAGUUUUCUGAAGUAUUUUAUAAAUGACAAAUGCUGCCAGUUAAUAUGGUUCACUGCUGUGGUUGCCUUUGUGAUCGUCAUCUAGUUACUUCAAAGUUGAAGUACUUUUUUGCUUCUGUUAGUUUGUCACCUCCUGUAUCUGUAUCUGCAUCAGAUGUGUCUUCUGACAUUUUCACAUUUUUUAAUCACCAAAUACUACAUUUGUACCAUUAAAAUACUUUUUCCAUGGUA